UUAGUUUAGUUACCAGGAUUCGAAAACGAGGCUAUUACAUCUUUCAGUGGAAAAAUGGAGGAACUAACAGAAUAUCUUGCCAACGCUGCUUGCAAUAGAAUUGGUAAAACAAUAGAGUCAAAAGAAUCAGAGUUUAAGCCUAUAGCAAUUAAAUACAACGUGUGUUACAUUGUGGCAGCAGUGAUAAUCAGAGAUUCGUCAGUGCUCAUGAUGAGAGAAUCGAAAAGGAGUUGUUAUGGCCAAUGGUAUUUGCCAGCAGGGCAGAUGGAAAGAGAUGAAUCAAUUGAGGAGGCUGUAAAGCGAGAAGUAAAAGAGGAGACAUUGGCAGAUGUCGAUGUUCUUAGUCUGCUUUCAGUGGAGAGCAGCGGACCAUUUUGGUUUAGGUUUACGUUUGCAUGCAAGUGCACCAAUGAUACUCUGAAAACCCCAGAUCAAGAGGAUGAACAUUCAAUAGAAGCAAGAUGGAUCCCGAUAUGCGAUGUUUUGGCGGGAGAUCAAGUGGAUUUAAGGUGCACAGAUAUAAUACCGCUCAUUCGGAAUGGUGAUUCAUGGUACAAAACAAAGCUGUCAGUCCAGGAGGCAUAUCUGUUGCCAACACUCAAGCCACAUGCCGUUUGCAUUGUCAGAGUGUACCUUAUUUCUGCUGGAAAAGAUAGCCUUUACAUGUUCCUUGGAAAGUCAGGUCAUUUCACCGAAAAGAUUAUUUAAUCUGCGGAUGGUGACCUUAAGAGUGCCAUUCUCGCCAUUUUGCAGACUAGCGGCUUUGUUGGUUCUUUCACAAGUCAUGGAGUUAUUUCUUUGGAGCACACUGGCAAAGAGUUUUCAAAGACGGAUGGCUUCAUGUUGCAUGUUCUUGCACAGGCAAAUGAGGAAGUCCCACAACAGGAUUUGCAUCAGUAUUGGGAACUUUUGCAAGAUUCUCAAUUGUGCAGCUCGCUCAGAAAUAUCAUCGAAAAAUGUUUAUGUGCCCCUUUUUUAUGAUACACUGUAAGAUUAUUCAUUUAUGUACCUUGAUGAUUUUGAAUUUAUCUAGACGCAUUUCAAUCAAGAUGCUUUCUUCAGCUUAUAUUAAAGGCGUCUUUUAUCUAAUAUCUUUUUGUGAAACUGCUAUUUGAAUAUAUUGCUUUUUCAUAAAGGACUGCUCUGGACAUAUUGGAUAAAAACGCUACUUUUUACAGCAUUACAAACAGUAAGCGCAUUGGCUACAGGUUUCAAAACGGCCUAAUUGCUUGUUGCAUUUCACUUCUUUUAGAAAGAUUACUUUAAUUACUUCUGUUUGGUUUUGGAAAAAAAUUAUAAGCAUAUGCAACUAAAGCUUCAUUUCUAAUGCUUUUUGUUGACAUCUCAGAAUAUAAUAAGUAUAGUGAUACUUUUUUAGAGUCUACCGCAUUUAGUAUUAAUUAUUCUAUCAAUGCUGCGGGAAACUGGCAUGCAUAAUGCACCGUUUUAUCUCAGUUUAACAACAGCAACCCCAGUAAAUAAAAUGAGGCUCACGAGUGCGUGUGUAGGGAAUGUCAGCUUUCUUUUCGUGGAAAUUAAUGGGUAUCUUCAAUUGAAAGAAGUAGCCUUAAAGCUAAUAGGAAACAAUGAAGGGUUCUCGUUUUUGACUGAAUUCACAUUCACGUUAUUCAGCAAGAAACUUUAAAUUUAUUGAAUAUAUUUGUUAACACUAAAGGAGAAAGGGGUUCGUUGGAAAAAUUACAAGAAUUCGUACUCGAGUCGAAGCUAGAUGAAGUUUACAGAGCAAUGUAGCCCAGGGGCGUCGUGGCGAUUGAAUUCUAGAGGGGGCAAGAAAGAAACAUUUUCGACAAAUUUUUUUUGAUUAAUUCUACUUAAAUAGAAGCAUUUCAUGCAAGUGUAAGGGCAGGGCAGAAAGGCUCAUAACUUGGUUUUGUGGAAAUAUAGAAUUUUCUUUACAGAAGUGAAUUGUCCCUCGAGAUUACGAUAAAUACUUUAGUGCAAGUAAUUUAUGUUGCUAAAAUUUUGAGAACUACCCACUGCUCAAUUCUAGGAAUACUCCGGAAAAAAUGAUUUCAUCCGAAAAUCUAUCAAAUUUUGAAAGCAGAGGGGGUCACGGUCCCUCCUGCCUCCCCUGCCUCCCCU